AUCCCCCACCACGCCCGACUGCCCCACAACCUCCUCUCAGCCGCGAGUGUUGAAAUAAUACAUCAACAAUCGCUCUCGACUCGGUGCAGACAAGCUCUCGCUGGUACUUUGUGUUCGUCCCGGUCUCCUGGAGAUAUCUAUUCAAGAUGGGUGACUUCGUUUCUAUCGCUCAGCAGUUCGUCCAGUUCUACUACAAGACGUUCGAUGAGAACCGGGCGGGUCUCGCGGCUCUCUACCGCGACCAGUCUAUGCUCACCUUCGAGACGUCCUCGGUCCAGGGUACCGCUGGUAUCGUCGAGAAGCUGACCAGCUUGCCUUUCGAGAAGGUCGUUCACCAAGUGACUACCCUCGAUGCCCAGCCCUCUAGUGAGACCGGUGGUAUCCUGGUCAUGGUCACUGGUGCCCUGCUGGUCGACCAGGAGCAGAAGCCCAUGAGCUACACCCAGUCUUUCCAGCUUCUGCCCGACGGCGCUGGCAGCUACUUUGUCUUCAAUGACAUCUUCCGUCUUAUUUACUCCGCCGCAUAGACACUAGGUUACGAUGAUACCAAUAUCUUGAGAGGGUUGGAGAUAUACUAUAGGGACAGUCCUAGCAAAUGCCGGGGUUGCGAUCAUUAAAACGACCACCCUGACCUCUGAAAGCAUGGGUGUUUGUGAGAAGAGACUGGCUUGCAUCUUACACCCCUCGCCUCUGUCCUGGUCUAGGUUUACAUCAAGGGGCGGAGGCUUGACGGACAUACUUGAAGAUCUACUGCGCUGCAUCUGUUUCGCUAGGAGCUAUUAUUUCUAAAGUCAAGAAAUGACGACCAGGGACCAAUUUACUUUCUAACCAAGAACGCCAUUGUCCUCUAGCACAUCUAGU